AUGCGAUUCUGUGGGCUCUCCGCCAUUGUUCUGGCCUUGACCAGCGUAGCUUCGUCUGCUGCAUUGGUACCUCGCGAUGAUCUGCUUACAGAUCUGCAAAACCAGGCCAUGGAGGCAUUGAAGCAGGCCGAGGCCAACGGUACGCUUGAGAAGAGGAGCUGCUCCCUUUCCAACGCGUAUGCUCGCAGGGACUGGGAAUACAUGAGCAAGAAAGAGCGAAAGUCAUACAUCAAAGCGGUGAAGUGCUUGUUCUCCUCGCCAUCGAAGACACCCGCAGGCCUUGUACCUGGCGCGAAAACACGAUAUGACGACUUCGUUGCUCAGCAUAUCAAUCAGACAUCGUUUAUUCACGGUACCGGCAACUUCUUGACCUGGCACAGAUACUUUGUGUAUACUUACGAGAAGGCGCUUCGUGAAGAGUGUGGCUACGAUGGUUACCAGCCGUACUGGAACUGGUUCAGACACCAGGACGACUUGAGCAAGUCUCCUGUUUUCGAUGGCUCCGACACGAGUAUGGGUGGUGACGGUGCUUACUUCAAGCACAACGGCAGUGUUAGUGGCGGCGGUCUCAUUACCUUGCCUUCAGGAAAUGGAGGCGGAUGCAUCAAGAGUGGUCCCUUCAAGGAUCUGCAACUCAAUCUCGGUCCAGUCCUCCCAGCUAUGAACGGAUACCCUGCUGUGAGCACACCGUUCGAGUACAACCCAAGAUGCGCUCGACGCGAUUUUAUCCCCGCUACCGAAGACUUUACCCUGACCAGCCUCUACAACCUGACGCUCGGCCAAGCUUCCAAGAGCGUAUACACAUUCCAGAACGAGCUGCAGGGACGUUUCGGCAACGGAUUUCUGGGCCUGCAUACCACUGGCCACGUCAAAGUCGGCGGUGACGCCUCCGACUUCUUCAGCAGCACGAACGACCCCACGUUCUUCAUGCACCACGCUAUGUUGGACCGUGUGUAUUGGAUCUGGCAGGCCUUGCAUCUCAACCAGGCGAAGACAAUUGCUGGCACGAUCACUAUCCUCAACAACCCACCCAGCCGUGACACUUCGCUGCAGGAUAUCAUCAGCACCAACUUCCUGAACAUGGAAGCCAGGCCGAUUGAAGAUUUGCUAGGGUCGCUGGAUGGAGAGCCAUUCUGCUACAUCUACUUAUAG